GUCCCAGACGUAUCACCACUCACGAUUAUGUAACUUUUACUUCCAACGUCGUUUCCUCAGUAUCUAAAAAGCUCAUUAAAUAUAACUCUUUAAUUAUAAUUUUUGUAAUAGGUUUACCAGAGAAGUGGAUAUCUUGCCAAGUUGCUUUAAGCAGCACAAACGCGUAGCUGUAGUCGUAUUUGUAUGAGUAAUUGUAACUUUUUUUAUAGCACAUUAAGACGCCUUUACCUCAAACAUCUUUGACAAGAGGAGUGUCGCUCACUUAGGCUGCCUCUCACGGUAGAUAUCGUGGGAGGUGUGACGGAGUUUCAGCUGGUUCGUGCCAAAGCCAGUUGGUAUAAACCUUUUAUUUUAUAUUCUUUUCUUUUUAGACUUGCAACGUUGAGAUGCUUGCCUCUUAAUUUCUGAUGAAAGUAAACUCAAAUCACGAAUGUAACAGGUGUAACUUAAGUCAUGUGAAUUCGUUACUAUUUUUCCCGUAAAGUCUUGACUGAUUUCUCGGAAAUUAUGCUACAAACCCAAUGGGGAAAAUUGAAGAAAACUCUUUGAAAGCGCUGAAAACAUUUCUUUCUAAACUCUUUGUGUGCAAGAAAGCCGUUAUGAUGAGGAUCAAACUACCACCAAGAUCAUUUAAUCGCUGUCACAAUGACCCAUUCAAAAUUUCGCGGCUGUCGUAGAAAAAGCGAGAUGCUGAAUUUGGUUCCACUAAAAUCUGGUUUUUCGUACAGUUCGAGGCAGAAAGUCGAAGCUUUUUUUUAUGUACCAGAUCAACAACGUUUCUACAAAAUGAUAAUAUUAUCUAAACCAUGUUCCAAAUUUUAAAGACGAUAAAAGUCCUCUGAUGAAAGCGGAUUUCAUUUCCGGUUUCCCUGACUAAUAUUGACAGAUUUGUGUCAGCGGCACAACUUCUAGCCUCGCUUUCGUUUGUUUUUCUAAGAAAUCUUUUUAACGGGAAAUUCCCGGAAAUAAAGGUGAUACCUAAGCAAAUUUUCGCUGUCGCUUUGAAGGAGGUCAAAUCAUGAGGGAAAAAUUGAAGUGUGUUGGGCUUUAUACGGUAUAGAGGAAAAGGAUUUUACCAACAGAGGGCCUAUACUUUUCACGUGUGACUUUCGAAUGCGCUAUUCUGAUGAUGAAAUAUUUUUGUGACUGAGUUCUGAAAUCAUAUCAAGGAUACAUGUACAACCCAUCGGAAUAAUCAGUUUCCAUCUGCUUGGACGAUGAGCGAAGACAAUGACAUUAGCUCAUCAGUAUUGUCCCAAACUGUGCAAGAGAAGAUUAAGCAGAUUGUGAAGGGGAAUUCGAGCCUGUCGAAGAAACACACCAAAGAGUUAGAAACUGUGCUAGCAUCAGCAGCACUUCGUUUAAAAGACAAAAUCCAACGGAUAAGCUUCCUUGAACUUGUUCAAAGAUUACAGGGAUACCACAUCAUUCAAAUCCUCAAUGUAGUAGUUGUUCGUUUUAAAACUUUCGAAGAAGAACCUUCCGCUUUUCUGGAAAAGGCGAACAGACUUGUUGACAUUUGUCUAUCCUUUUGCUACACCAGUAACGUGUCACAGCGACUUUCUUUUGAAUACUACAUGAAAGCUUUGAAAUUUUGUUUUCCUCGGGAUCUAAAGGUAUGCUUGUCAACUGAAAUUCUUAAAGGCCUUCUGACACUUGUUCGGAUUUCUCAGGAAGGGAAGUUUGCUGAAUUAGGAGAGGCCAAGGAAGAAACCAACUCUAAGCUACAAAUACAUGGCACCAAAUACUUGUUUUCAAAACUCAUCAAGAUAUUUGAAUCGCGGCGAAAUGAUGACUCCCUUGUGGAAAUCGUUGACCAAACGAUAAGGUACGCCUCUGUAGACGCAAAAAUUAAAAGCGUUCAGCAACAUGUAACUGGGCAAGUGGUUUUCCAAAGUGAACACAUGGUAUCCACAGUACUCUUAUCAAACUGGAUGAAACUGCUAGAAUUGCCGAAUGUGUCUAGUGGCUUUGCUCUCUCAUUGGCGAAGAUCGACGAUCCUCGUUGUGCAGAGCAUUUUGGGAGUGUCCUGAUUCAAUUUAGGAGCCUUACCUAUCAGUCCAUAAUUUUCUUUUGGUUAGACGUUUUGGAGGGGAUGCUCAGAAACGGGAUUGAAGUAAACAUCCCAAAUGAUAGAGAAAGGUUGAAAAUUUUCUUUGACUAUUUCAUAGCGUUUUGCCGCUCUCCUAUCGUGACAGCGACAUCGCUAAAGCUGCUGGCGGCUACGAGCGUCAAAAAUGACAUCCUUAGAGAGGUCUUUGAUCAGUUCUUUCCCAUUGAUGGAGGGGAUGUUUUGCAGAAGGCGGAGGCUUUUGAUCUUGCCUUUCAAGUCUUGUCUCUUUUUCCAAACGGCGAGCUUUAUAAAAGAGUUCUGAGGUUGUGGAGAGAAACCUUUUCUAACACUCCCAGUUAUCCAAUUCUUGCUUGCUUGUUAGCAUUCAUUGUUGACGAAGCAAACAGCGAUUUAGCAAGGAGAAUAUUGGAUUUCCUAGAAUGGCUUCCUUUUCCUUUGCUUUCUUUGAUAUUCUUUUGGCGGGAGCUCCUCGUCUGUUUCAUUAAACUCUUCCCCAAUACAUUUCAAAGGCGUCCAGAGGUAUUGGUGUUUAUUCACAAAGCUGCACGGCUGGCAACACUAUUCCCAGCUCGACAUCGUCAAGAUUACAUUCGCUCCGCACAGCGUCCUACCCUAACCUCAUUAGAAUGGCUUUCACAACAGAACAGCGCAGAGGAAGUGAAAACAGGCAUGAUAUGGCUUCUCGUGUGUUCUAGAGACAGACCAAUGGGCUUCAACAAGGAGUUUGACACUGAUGUUAUCAAGAAGUUAAGUUUGUGCCCUUCUUUACCCUUCAGUACGAAGAAACGUGUUUGUAAUGAAGUAACAGACUUAGCCUCUUUCGUGAAUGAUUCAGAAAGAAAGUAUCUCAUCGAUUUCAUCGAAGAACUCACGUCAAGUCAAAGUCCGGAAUCUAUGGACGAGAUUCUACUUGAAUUUCUUGACUUUAUCAAGCGUUUCGUUGACAAGCAGAGGAUAAAGAAUUGUAUUCCUAUCCACAUUUUGACGCAGUUGUCUUCUCUCUCGAAAAUGUCACUUUCCGGCACAAGAAAAAUGAAAGUGAUGCAACUGUUUAAGAAGUCUGGAAAAGGCUGUCUCAGUGGAACAUGUAUUUUGAAUAUACUCAAGUACCAUCAAUGUACCCUCAAAGAAAGAACAAAUGAGUACUUUGAUGUUCUCUUUCCUAUUGUUGUAGAGACUCUGGAUGAAAGGCAAGAUUUAUGUAAGCAGCUUGAAUAUAGUACUCUUGGUUGUGAAUUUCCCAAUACCGACGUUCUGAAGGUGUGGACUUUUGUUGCUGCUGCAUUAAUCAUAGGUGGCUAUCACAAUGAUGAGAUUGACUUACAUUAUUGCCGGUACAUUCUUCUGCAUGUUUGGGGAUUUGAUUUUCCAUACGAAAUUUUGGAACUCCUGUCUCAUGUUAGAUCAACAGCUGUUAGACUUGCCCACUUGACAAGAAGCAGGGCAGAAGAUCAAAGAAUCUCAAAAAAUAACCCUGCAGAAGAACCACAUCUCGAAAUGUAUUAUACAAUCGUCACAACCGUCUUAGGUGCAGAAGUACUCUCACCUUCUGAGAAAAUAUUGUUGGUAAAGAAGCUGGGUGAGGUUGCUCUGAGAAAUCCAGAAACCUUACCAGACAAAAACAUAGAAGGUGCACUCUACAAUUUGUUGCCAUUUCCCAGGAGGCAAAGCAAUCUUUCGAGCACUGGAGUCAUGCACUUCGAUUUUCGUUGCAUUGUUUCCUUGGUGAACGAUUCCAAGGUGCUAAAUCAACUGUCCAGAAUUCCCAGAUUAGGCACCACCAAUGGGUCGCUCUGUUGGGUUCUCUCCACAAAGAUGUCGGAAUCAUUCUCAGGAAGACAUUUAAUGAACAUCUUUAAGGUCAUUUGUUCGCAGCAAGAUCUAGAUCAAGCAUUCUUUCAACACUUAUUGCCUUUUAUUGACGUGGUUCUUCGGGAAUCUAAGUCACUGGAAGAUGUUUUGGAAUAUGUGGAACAGUCGUUGGAGGUCCUUCGAGGUAUUCCCUCCGCAACAAUUCCUCUCACAAUGCUCAACCUUCACCAUCUGAUCGAGAAUCACGUGCCCAAAGAUGAGAGAAACCAAUUUCUAGUUGAAGUUGGGAAGAGAUGGAAACUGACGCUCGACAAUGUCGUUCUUUGUUUCAUGGACGUUUCACGAGUGCUUUGGAAAGCGUACAACACUGCCAGCACCCCAGCAAACAGAUAUCAAUUAAUAGAUCGUGCUGAAAGCAUCCUCAGAGGAAACAGUAGCUUGGAGGAAUUGGCAAAGAAUCACCCCCUGCUAGGUUUUGAAACGCAGGCGGAACGCAUGAUAAGACGGAUCGCACGAUGCGAGCUGGAGUGGCUAGUUUUCCAUUCCUCAGUCUCUGAUGAAGAGGCAAUCCUUGCUUUUCAACUAAGCUGCAGGUCCUUACGAAUGUUAUCUCGUCGUCUUAGAUGUUUUACCUUUUCUGAUGUGCGUAUUGAGGAUGGAUUCUUCAAGUUUGUAUCCAAAGAAAAUGAGAUAACAUCAGACUUUCAUGCAAAGGGAAUCGGAACAACGCUGAAUAUUACUGUGACCACUCAAGGAAAUGUUCAUCCAGCUGCGGAGCAAAAACAUCCCGUCCCACCAGUUUUGAUAGCCAUCAAGAUUAUAUGUCACUUGAAAAGGCUACUGGGCCAAAAAAGAGAUCCUUCAGAAAGUGCCAUUGCCCUUUGGAAGCUUGUUUUUGAUCAGCCGAGUUCACAUUGUUGGGAGGAGGGUUGUGCAUCUCGUUCAUCUUUUAUCGAUGAUUACGUAGAUCUUAUCCUUUCAAUUCUCUCAGAGGCAUCAUCUUUAGAAAUGGUUAUGCACUGGACAAGAAUGAAUCAGCACCAUGCAAUUCAGUGCUCCGAGGUCAUUUUGAAAGCGUGCAAGUGGACUGGCAACGGAGAUGAUAUUGACGAGGCCGCCCUCUUCGAGUUGCAAACUUUGGUUAGUACAACACUGGAAAUCAGAAGGAAACAAACGCCGGCAACAGCUUCUGUCCCUUUAUUGGGAUUCGUGAUGUCCGCUUCAUGUUUUCGACUUCUUGAGCUACAGUUGAAAGAGUUGAGUGUUAUUCUUGAAAGAAGAUUGCCUUUUGAAGUAACCAAGAGUGUGCUUAACCUUUACGAAAAGAACGUGCAAGCUGCAGUUGCAGUGUGGGAAAUCGUCUCUAUGUGGUCAUGCAAGCAGCAGUCGAUUGAACUUGUGAAAAGCAUGAAAUCAUUUUGUGAAGGUGAAGAAAUAACUCCCUUAAGUCCUGCGCAAUGUGACUUUGUCUGGCAACUGCUGAAAUCUUUCGAUCACAUUUGCAUGAAUUCCUGCCAGGAUCUUGUAACCAAGCUCAAGGAAUUGAUUGUGUUAUACGACCCAGAAGAUUGCUACGGAUUCAACCGCUUGCCUAAAUGGAGACAGGCCAUGAUAUCUGACGGCUUCCCGGCGCGGGUGAUAAACGAUUGGUGUGUAACAUUUUUGAUGACGCCAUUGGAAGAUUUGACAUCACGCGAUGUUGAUGCGAUUGUUGACCUCAAUUCUCGCUCCUUGCAGCUUGUUGCAUCUGCCUCGCAAGUCAUUGCCCGAAUCAUCUUUCCAAAAGAAGGCUUUGAAGUGAAAAAAGGAGAGGGCAUCAAACAAGGGAAAAUGAAAGAACGCAUUCGAUUAGCUAGAUUGCUUGGCGAGUUCAUCAACAUACUGAGACGUCGAAAGCCCGACGAAAAUUCUAAAGAUGCUGUGGUUAGAGAGAUAGUUCUGGACGCCUGUAAUGAGCUCUGCAGAAGCCAUGAGGAUAGUAGCACAACAAGAAAUGAUCUCUACAAAAUCCAUGGCCUGAAGCUGAAGUCUCUCUUCACAGAAAUCUUUGGAAAACGACGCAGAGGGGAGGAUGGGAAAGAAAUUAUUCAAGAUAGUGCCUUGACGCCGCCAACAUGCGAUGAAGAUCCAAAGGUGGUAAAAUGUAUUGCAAGGCAGACAUCUUACCUCCAUGAAAACCUACCUUUUGUUUUGAGCCAGAAAGACGUGUAUGAACCAAUGAUAGUUCUGUUACGGCGAUGGCUGUCUGCGAUCGUCAUGAAACCAGUCCUUGCUUCUCACACUCUGGACAUUGUUAAGACACUGUUUUCAGAACCCCCGUCAGAUGCCAACUCUUCUUUUCUGGAUGGAUUACACAGAAAAAUUCAAGCGCGCAUUUUAUCCCUUGAAGAAAAUCAAUCUCUCAUGGCUCAGUUUCAAGCAGCGGGAUACAACCAAGAAGGGGCAGAUAAACUCGAUCUAUGGUCCUCACCUGCUGUUGAACUUCCUUGCUACCUCACUAAGCGUGAGUCACCGAAUAAAAAAUUACAUACCAAGAAAUUGACUGAAGUUCUUCAACGUCUUUGGAAUGAAUGGAAAGACAUCCUCUUUAUGUGUGAUGUUUCAUUCAUUAACGUUGGCGGGGAGGAAGUUUGUACGAAAGAUCUCUUUGGUUUUAAAGAUUCUUUGAAAGAGAUGGAAGAACAGGUUGCUGCUGUAAAGGAAAAAGUAAAACACGUUCAUCUCGAACAUUUUAGAUCAGAAGACUUAGAAAGGCGAGCGGAGCGACUGAUACGCCUGGAGCAGCAAUACCGCAAGCGGAUUGGAAAACGUUACAAGACGUCCAUCAAUAGGACUCCCGAAGCAUCGGAAGAAAGAAAGAAGUUUGUUGCUGUCUGGGAAAAUCGAUUCCUGGAGCAGGUGAAGCUCUGCUCGGAGAAAAUUCCAGGUUGUUACGCACCCAAUGGUUUCCACUCUGAGAAACCUGUGAUCUGUGCUCUAUCCGUGGACAACAAGAUCUUGACUGUCUUCAAAGAGGAAAACGGUCGCAGAGACGAGCUCGAGAAUGUUGAGGUGAAACUCUUUGAAGCUGGUAUGUACGUGUACGGAUUGUAUACGAAUGGACAUGAUUACGUCACCGACGAACUGUGGGCUGCGUUUUACAAGAUGCUGCUAGAAAAGAGACUUGUACCUAGAAUUGUGUUGUCCAAUGAAAGUCCAGGGUUCGACUGGAUCAAGAUGAAGAAAUAUGUAGAACCUUGUAAGUGAACUGGAAAUGGUAAUUGUAUU